UCCCUAUAUAAGAGGACUCUGGGAGGAAAAACAUUCGGAUCCGUCGUCGGAUAAACGCUAACAAUGGCUCAGUGUAUGAGAACCACCUUAAACCCACCCAAAACCCUCCUCCGCAACCCCACUAAAUCCUCACCAGUUUCCAGUCCCUUGUUUCAUCUACCAAAAUCAAAGAAACACUCAAGAAUUUCCAUGUCACAACAAAAUCAACAAGAAUUGUCCCUUGAUUCUCUAAUCAGCAGCACCCGCAAAGAAGAGGUCCUUGGUGCCAUCAAGGGCUCUUUGUCUAAUUGUCUCUGGGAGACCAAUCUUCUUAAGACUGUCCCUGCUCUCAAAUCCAAAGUUAGGGGCAAGGUGAGAGAUAUAUAUGAUGGCGGGGAUUAUCUUGUUUUGGUCACAACAGAUAGGCAGAGCGCAUUUGAUAAAAUUCUCGCUUCUAUUCCCUUCAAAGGACAGGUUUUAAAUGAGACCAGUCUAUGGUGGUUUGAUAGAACUCGGCAUAUAACCCAGAAUGCUAUUGUAUCAUCUCCCGAUAAAAAUGUCACAAUUGCGAAGAAAUGUUCUGUUUUUCCUGUUGAAUUUGUUGUUAGAGGUUAUGUGACUGGAAGUACUGAUACGUCACUAUGGACGGUUUAUAAAAAUGGUGUCCGGAAUUACUGCGGCAAUGCCCUCCCAGACGGCUUGGUAAAAAGCCAAAAGCUACCUUCAAAUAUACUCACUCCAACUACCAAAGCUGAUGAUCAUGAUGUUCCUAUAACCCCUGAGGAGAUUGUUAAAAGUGGACUGAUGACUGAAGCUGAUUAUUGUGAAGCCAGUAGUAAAGCGUUGAGCCUGUUUGAAUAUGGGCAGCGUGUGGCUUUAGAGCAUGGCUUGAUAUUAGUAGACACAAAAUAUGAAUUUGGAAAGGGCUCUGAUGGCUCAGUUCUAUUGAUUGAUGAGGUUCAUACACCUGACUCAAGCAGAUAUUGGAUUGCCCAUUCUUAUGAGGAGCGGAUUCAGAAAGGCCUCGAACCUGAAAAUGUGGAUAAGGAGUUCUUGAGGUUAUGGUUCAAGGAUCACUGCAAUCCUUACGAAGACAAGGUCCUCCCUGAUGCUCCUGAAGAUCUUGUUUGUGAGCUAGCUUGGCGGUAUAUUUUCUUGUAUGAGACAAUAACAAAAUCAAAAUUUGAGUUGCCAUUGACAGAGGAGCCAAUACAUGAUCGGAUCUCAAGAAAUGUUGAACUAGCACUAUCAUCCUUACGGUGAACUUGAAAAAUUGAAGGUUGCUUCUCUCUCUGCCUGAAAUCCUACCAUAGAGUUGAUGCAACCUCUCUUCUUCUUGACAUUUUUCACUGGCAUUUGAUCAUGUCUCUUCUUUUAACAUUUUUCACUGGCAUCUGAUCUUGUGUGGAAGUAGACAGAUCUGCAAUGGAGCUUUUCCUUUUGGGUCAAUGUGGUUUCGGUGGGGCAGGCAUCAGAAAGUGAACCUUGUGAUUCCAGGAAAUCCUGAUAAACUCGACACUAUGUCCCUUACAGGAGAAAAUCUUAAUUAGAAGAUUGUUCAUUAGAAAUCCUGCAUUAUACGCUGGCAUUGUGCAUCAUUCAGAAUCUUAAUUUUGGUGAAGCAAUUGGUUCUCAUGCUUGUUGACAUCUGGAAUGGUUGUUUUUAACUGAUUAAGUGAAUUUAUGCCGUCGUGCUAAUCCGAAGACUGUUAUGUAGCAA